ACUGUAUGUAUACUGUGGCACUACACUCAACACUGAUUAGUGAUUACUGCAGAAUGCACAGAAAACCCAAUGCAUCUGAAAGAUUGUUAUUCUGUUUUCAUUUUGACUUGAAAAGUUGUUUAAUUUACAUUUUAAUAGUUUGUUUUGCCGUCCAAUCAAACGAAUCAAUAGCUUGUUUAAAAUGAAGUAAUUUUUGCCAAUAGUGUUCAACGUUGAUGUGUUGUUUGGGAAAACUGUCAUUAUUGAGAAAGCAUUAGUGACUGCACUUAAGUUUAUGUUUUAUUUACAUAUUAUUUUUUCAUAAAAUAAAAGCUACGAAAAUAGCUUACUCUGACUGAAAACUUGAAAUUCAACUAUAUAGUGGAAAUGUAUUUGGAUGGUUAGAAUGAGGAGAGAAGUGAUGAUGCAGUUGAGACACCUCUACUGGACUCUAGACCAACGGCGGGUGUCGAUCCUAGUCGCUGUCACAGUCAUCAUCGCCCUCAUUGUCUUGCCUUUUGUUUCCGAAAAGAAAGUCAGGUACUCACCAUGCCAGCCGCACCCGAUUGCGCACGAUGCGAACAGAUUUGAGCUGGACAACUCAGGCGAGCCGUUCGGCGACGAGAUCGCUCCGAACAUAGUGCACUUCUACCGCACAGGCAAGGACAUAGAAACGCUGACCCUGGCAGACGCCGUCUGUCUGAUGGGGGCCUUCCACAACGCCAAGCCCGACCGCAUAAUGAUCCACACUGACGACGUUGACCGACUCAUCCACACGCUCGUCGAGUCGCAGUACGGCAAGCGACUCAUGAACAACGACAGGUUUAGGAGGAAGCUGGAUGUCAAGUACUGGCCGGCCCCGAAACAUGUGUUUGGCAUUGAGUUUAGCGACGUCUACAAGAAGCAGCAUGUUCAGGAUGUCACACGCAUCCGGAUACUAAGGAAGUACGGCGGCAUAUUCGUGGACAACCGAGCCUACGUGACGAGAGACUUGUCGCAGCUGCGGCGCUACGAGAUGUCGGCGCUGGAGAGCGAAGGCCUGCUCAGCAAUGCGCUGAUGGUGGCGCACCGCGAUGCGCGCAUGCUCGACAUGUGGCUCAAGUCCUACCACAUGUACGAUCCCUCGCUCGAGGUGCAUCACCUCGGCACACACAUGCUCGAUCUCUACAACAGCAAGGCCACUCUUGCGCACAAGGCCCGCAACUCCAUCUUGAAAGGCAACGUGCACUCGCUGAUUGACGACAACGGAGCACUCAAGUCCAACUUCGACACCAUCUUUGCCGUCGAGAUAGAUCCGCACUUUGGCGGACUCGUCUUCGAGCCGGGCAUGGGUGAGGAGUACAUUCUGACACUCGUCGAGAAACAGUUCAACAGCUGAGUAGGCCUACCUACCAAUUGAACUAGUCUGCUAUGAUGAUUGUUGGACAUUUCAACAGCUGAGUACCAAUUGAACUAGUCUUCUAUGCGUAUUGUUGGUUAGACGAUUAUAAAACUAUCCAAUUCUAAAUUAAUGGUUAGAUAAAAAAGUCUAAAGCUAUUCAAUUACCAGUUAAAUGUCUAAAAUUAUCCAAUUAUUUGUUAGAGCUCAAAAUCACACAGUCGAAUGAAAUUAGUUCUUAAUUUGUAGCAAAAACAUAAUUAAAAUGAUAAUGCUUACAACACAAAAAAGUCACAAAGAAUACAAUAUAAAAUGAAAAAUGGAAUACCAAUUUAAAUAGGAUUGAAUAUAAAUAUAUUAAACGGGACUUCCCCCUGCAAGGUACGAAAAACCUGAGCGCAGAGUUGUUCAAUGAUUAACAAUAAUUUAAGAAAUAAUAAUGGGAUAACAUGCAACUUAGUUUUUUUAUCCAAAAUUUAUCGAGAAAACCGGGAAGAGAAACAGAGUGUGAGGAAUAUUUGAUCAAAUUUAACUAAAUUUUAUGAAAGAUUUGAUAUUCCCCAUUAGACUAUUUCAUAUUUUGUGAAAUAGUACCUACCUAUUACACCAACAAAUAUGUUUGACUUCAUAUUUGACCGUGCAAUCGGGCAUUUUAUUGGUUAGAGUCAUUGUCUGAAAUCAUCCAUAAAUUUGUCAAGAUAUUUGUCUAGAGUUGUUCAAUAAUUUAUUAGAUAAUUGUCUAUAGUUACUUGUCAGAUAGUUAUCUUAAAAGAUAACUUAUUGAUCCUGAUGAAUAUUUUCAAUCAUUUAUAGUUCUGAAACUUUUUACUUUUAUGGUGUCGUGUAUUAUUACUUAUUAGAAUGUCAUUUUCUUGAACACUUGGUUAAUUGUUAAUUUCUAAUAUCAGAUUUUCUUUAAUUUUCACUUUCAUAGCAGUACUUGGCGUGUGAAAGUUGAAAAUAGUACUUGAAAGUGUAAACUUUUCCUACUGUAUAAAGUAUUGUAAGAGUUUAAUUGUAUAUAUAUAAGAGUUUUGAAAGUUUACAACAGUGUAAAUUUGUACUUUUUCAAGUCCGUUAAACUGUGGUAAACUUACUGCGAUGUCUGAGUUAGAUUGAGCGGUUGAUAGACAGAUACUGGAAAAAUCAUACCAAAUUGAUAUUAUGCAUGACCAUAACUGAAACAAGUUUGUUCAAACUUAUUACACGUAGGUACCAAUAUGUCUAAACAAAUCAAUCUGUUCCAGUAAAAUAGACGAAACUCAAUUUAUAUUGGGUGUCAUUCAUAUUGUCUGAUAUUUCAAAUAUACAAGUAUUGUAACUCUUCGUUAUUUGUCUUUAAACUCCGUUUACAUUACAUUAUUCGAUCAUGUUAUAUUACAGUGCCUCUUAUUAUUUGAUUAUUAUCAUAAUUUAGGCCGAUUAUAUAAGCGUUUUUUGCACUUUGCUCAAUAGCACACUUGUUAUUGCAGUUCGGAAUUACUUUUUAGAAUUGCUGGAAUUGUUAUUUUCUUAUAUGAACUAAGCAAUGUAAAAGUUGGCUGUUAGCAAAAGUAUUAUCAUAGUGCCUUAUCAGAAACUACUAUAAUGGUUUUCAAUGCCGAUUUCAUGUUUUAUUUUUUGGUUUAUUAAGUUACAUGUAGCUUGAUACUUCAAGUUGGUUAAGUAUUUACUUAACUUCCUCUUCUACUCCCUUAUGUUCAAAUUAAUGAAUAUUUCCAAUUCUCCUCUUUCAAGUUUCAUAAAUCACCAAAAUUACAUAGCAACUGUUGAAGUACCUAGAUGUCUUGUCAUUUUCCAGAGCAAAAUUAAAUAGUUUAAAAGUAAAAGAGCUUAUGUAGGCAACACCCUCUGCAAACAAAAUCUAAUUAAUUCAACUAAUAGAACGUCUUUAAAUAUUCGUAUUUUGUAGCAAACUCCCUCCAAUAAAAAGUACCUUCAUCAUUAUAUUUUCUAAUUUCGUAAUUCUAAUUAUUAUCCUAAAUCUGAAUUUUCAACUAAUUCUUAUAAAAGUAGGGUUCACUCCUUUUUCUAAUUAUAAAUUUUGUAUUUAAGGGAAAUGUUAUGAGACUUAUUUUUCUGACAUAAAUAUAGUGUAUCUUUCUACAUCUUCAAUAUUGUACUGAAUCAUUGCUAGGUAUAUUUAAGUAAAUUUUAUAAAACCAAAGAAUAAUAAUAUUAUACUGUACGUUUUCAUUGUA